GAAGGAGAAGAGAAAUAGGAAAUUCGGUUUUUUCUCUGUCUUCUUCGUCGCGUUCGUUCCUCUCCAGAGCAGGAGAAGAACCAUGGAGGCGAGCGAGGAGGAGAGAGACAUCAACACGGACCUUACCAAAAUCCCGUUUGGGAAGUAGACAUCUAUCGAUUAUGGUCGUUCUCUCUCGCUAGCUCUUUGGGGGUCGAGAGUUUCUUGUUUUUUUUUUUUCUCAUUCUUGGUUAGGAAGAAAUCGAGGGGGGGAGAUAUACAGAUUGGCAAAUGGGAAAUUGUUGCGGCUCUCGCAAGAAGGAAGCGAAGUCGGAGACGUCGCUUACCACCACCUCCGGAGGUUUAAAACUUACUCAGAGCAGUAUCCAUUCUUCAACUGCUUUGAGUCCUAGUGUUCAACUUCAAGGUGAAAAGUGCAAACCUGUAAGUCUUCCCACUCCAAGAUCUGAAGGGGACAUACUAUCAUCUCCACAUUUAAAAGCUUUCGCGUACAGCGAGCUUAAGAAUGCCGCAAGAAACUUCCGUAAUGAUAGCCUCAUUGGAGAAGGGGGCUUUGGUUGCGUGUAUAAAGGGUGGAUUGAUGUGCAAACCCUUGGUCCUGCAAGGCCAGGAUGUGGAAUGGUUGUUGCUAUCAAGAAGCUUAAGCCUGAGGGUUUUCAGGGUCACAAAGAGUGGUUGGCAGAAGUGAAUUACCUUGGUCAACUUCAUCAUCCGAAUCUGGUCAAACUAAUCGGGUACUGCCUGGAUGGUGAUAAUCGACUAUUGGUGUACGAGUAUAUGCCCAGGGGAAGUCUCGAAAAUCAUCUUUUUCGGAGGGGUGCCCAGCCACUUACCUGGGCAAUAAGAAUCAAAGUUGCUAUAGGUGCUGCUCGGGGGCUCUCCUUCCUUCACGAGUCAGAGCAACAAGUCAUAUACCGUGAUUUCAAGGCUUCCAAUAUUCUGCUGGAUUUAGAAUAUAAUGCAAAACUUUCAGACUUUGGCUUGGCAAAGGCAGGCCCCACCGGUGAUCGGACUCAUGUUUCGACUCAAGUGAUGGGUACUCAAGGUUAUGCUGCCCCUGAGUACAUAGCAACAGGGCGGCUGACUGCGAGGUGCGAUGUGUAUAGCUUCGGGGUUGUGCUGCUGGAGUUGCUCUCAGGACGCCGCGCUGUCGAUAAAACAAAAGUUGGGGUGGAGCAAAAUCUUGUGGAUUGGGCUAAACCGUAUUUAAGCGACAAGCGGAAGCUAUACCGCAUAAUGGACAUAAAAAUGGAGGGGCAGUAUCCUCACAAAGGAGCAUUUAUGGCCGCAUUCCUUGCCUUUGAGUGUAUCGGUGAUGCCAAACGUCGACCUUCAAUGACCGAGGUCCUGGCAAGACUAGAGAAGAUCCCGGUGCCAAAAGAGUUGACGGCUCCUGCUAGACAGGAGCAGCAGCAGCUCGGCUCGUCGUCUCCAGGACUGAAAUCUCCGUCGCAAUGCAACAGCCCUUCGCCGGCGUUCAGGACACCGAGAGGAUCAUCCCCGUUAGUGACGCCGAGAACCCCGCGCUCCGCUAUGAGAUCGCCCCGUGAAUGAAGAGCUACGGCAGAUUCUUUCGUACCCCACACGGUUAACAGCAAUGUACAUCCUUCCCAUUUUCGACAUCCUGGACUCUGAUCAGGCAUAGCUUUGGAAGCUUUUGUUUUGUAACGAACUGUAUAACACGGUAAGAGGGAAAAUUUUGAAUUGGGGUGGAGUGGAACUAGACUUCACUUCCUCCAAUUCCCAUGGGAAUCUAAUUUGGCAUUCAUGAUCCAAAUCACAUUUCUGCUGUCA